GGGGGCUUUAUAAAGAGGUCUUGAGGUCGAACCUGAACUCAGUUUAGUGUCUGAUCAAUAGAGGAGCUGCUGUCACCAACACGGGCAUUAAGAUGCAGAUGUCUCACAGGCCUGUGCAGUGGCUCGCUGUCAUGCUUCUCGCCAUCUUUACAACCGGCCAGUGUCAACAGAACGAGAGUCGGCGAGCUGUGACCGAACACCAGCUGAUGCACGACCGCGGCCGAAACAUCCAGAGCCUUAAGAGACUCAUCUGGCUGUCCAGCGCCAUCGAGGGUCUCCACACUGCCCAGACUCGCUCUGCUGCUUUUAACCCCACAAAGGUUCUGAACCUGGCUCUGAAUCCAAAGCUGGUCCCUGCUGCUGGGCUCCCCCAGCCCAACCGGGUGGAGAGCCUUAUGAGAGACUUCUUUAAUCCCUACCUGACUCAGCAGCCAGACAGUGAGGCGUAACAUCACUUUAAUGCAGAAACAUCAAACUACUGUACACACUUAUUAAAUAAAUGAUCUGUGUUCAUCAUUGUUUGUCCUUAGUGCCACAACAUUCAUUCAGCCAAAGACAAAUCCAAAUCCAAUCUUAGAAGCAGAUUCCAUUUUUAGUUUUGUUGAGUUUAAGCUUCCUGAAGGUACAGUUUAUGUAUGACAUUAUGCUUACAUCGAGGGCUGAUAAUACAACCAACACAUUUAAAUGUUUUCAAGCAUGGGGGCAAUUCACAAUUUAAAAAAAAAAAAAAUCCUAUGAUAAACAGAAAGAAUAAAACACUGUGCAAAAUGAGCUAGGGUAUGUGGCUUGUUGGUCUAGUGCAGGAAUCUUUAACAGGGGGCUGGGACCCCUGGGUAUCCUUAGAGUCAAUGCAGGGGGGGCCUCCAAAUCAUGGUUAAUUUUUGAAGUUUUUUGAAAAAGUUAAAAAGUCUUAAAGUGCUCAUAUUAUGCUUUUGGCUUUUCCCCUUUCCUUUAUUAUGUUGUAUAUCUUUUUUUGUGCAUGUUAUAGGUUUACAAUGUGAAAAAGCCUGAAGUUUACCCCUGAAAAAAACACUGUUCCAAAACAGCUCUGAUGUAGUCCGGCUUUUACUUCCGUGGAAAACGUGCGUCACUUUGUCAUAAUUACAAUGCUCGCUUAACUGCUAGCGCGGCACGCCCUCAUACUCUGCUUCUAGUAGUCCUUACCUGGCUACUGCGCAUGUGAGACUCCCAACAAAGAUGGAACAGAAGUGCAAUGUCUCACUCUGUAGUUAAGAGAGCAGAGAGCUCAACACACAGGGUGAAAAGAGGAGCUGCAGCAAUUACAGUACAAAAAUAGGGUGUUUUUUAUAAAUUAAACCAUGUAAACCUAUUCUUACAUAACCUCUAAAUACAAUUGUGAACCUGAAAAUGAGCAUAACAUGAGCACUUUAAAAUUAAUCUAACAUAUUUAUAGCAAAUAUAAUAAACCCCUACUGUGUACUGGCCUGUAGGUAAGGUAGGCCAUCCACAGAGUAGAUGUAGAUUUGCACAGUAAACAGAUUAAUUAAAGGAUUCACUGUGCCGCAUGUGUGUUUAACAUUAAAACAUGAUUUAUAAAAUCAUGCCAACAAUAUUAGAAAAAAAAGUCAAAUGUGAACACCUAUUAAAGCAGAGACGAUGCAGCGUCCAGAAACAGAACCCCGCUUAAAGUUUGUUACAUUUGCUACAACAUAGCCGUAAUAUAAAAAGUAAACUCUGAGUGAAUUGAUAUAUCACCCAGCACUGCUACUACUAUACUUAUAUUUGCGCCAUCUCUUCAGUUAAAACGUUGAAGCAUGUGUUUCCAGUUAAGGUUUUCCAGUCAGCCAUUAGAAACAGACGCACAUUGCGUAGUGUAAGAUUAUUUCCAGUAUAUAGGCUACUUUUGUUCCUUGAAAUAAUCUACUGACUACUUUUAUUUAAUAGUGACUCUGCAGCGCCAGUGAGUAGACUUGCAA